AAGGGAACUGACUGGGAGGCAGAGAAGAUGGGCAUCCUCAGCGUAGACUUGCUGAUCACACUGCAAAUUCUGCCAGUUUUUUUCUCCAACUGCCUCUUCCUGGCACUCUAUGACUCGGUCAUUCUCCUCAAGCACGUGGUGCUGCUGCUGAGCCGCUCCAAGUCCACUCGCGGGGAGUGGAGGCGCAUGCUGACCUCAGAGGGAAUGCGCUGCAUCUGGAAGAGCUUCCUCCUCGAUGCCUACAAGCAGGUGAAAUUGGGUGAAGAUGCCCCCAAUUCCAGUGUGGUACAUGUCUCUAAUUCUGAAGGAGGUGACAACAGUAGAAAUGGUGCCCAGGUGAAGAUAGUUGAUGGAGGCGAGUGCCACCUUCUUGACUUUGCCAGCCCUGAGCGUCCACUGGUGGUCAAUUUUGGCUCAGCCACUUGACCUCCUUUUACUAGCCAGCUGCCAGCCUUCAGCAAACUGGUGGAAGAGUUCUCAUCAGUGGCUGACUUCCUGUUGGUCUACAUUGAUGAGGCUCAUCCUUCAGAUGGUUGGGCAGUGCCUGGUGAUUCUUCUUUGUCUUUUGAAGUGAAGAAGCACCGGAACCAAGAAGACCGAUGUGCAGCAGCCCACCAGCUUCUGGAGCAUUUCUCCUUGCCGCCCCAGUGCCGAGUUGUGGCUGACCGCAUGGACAAUAAUGCCAAUGUAGCUUAUGGUGUAGCCUUUGAACGUGUGUGUAUUGUGCAGAGACAGAAAAUUGCUUAUCUAGGAGGGAAGGGGCCCUUCUACUACAACCUUCAAGAAGUCCGGCGUUGGCUGGAGAAGAAUUUCAGCAAAAUGAAAUCUAGAUUAGCUGGUUGA